GGUUAGGGCAGAACAGCUGAGUUCCCUAACCCGAGGCCCAGGCUACAGCCCUAGUGACAUCUAGGGGGCGCCGCUGCGAAGCUGGUGGAUGGGCACCUCCAAGCUCAGUUGUGAUGGGCGGGCUCCGACCCCUAAAGGCCCCAGGUUAGCUCCUGGCUGAACGCACCCACCGUGGAUUCGACUCAGAACGACACCCUCCUUGGACCCCACCAUACCGGUGUUGUUUUGCUCGCCGCUGCCUCAAUUCUAUCAUCGCCCCAGGUAGAAUCCUAUAUCCUGGCCGGCCGGAUGUCCACAUGCCUGUCUGUUCAUUUUGGGUGACCGUGGGUCGGUGCGCCCUACUCCUGCCGUGGCAUGUGCAGAGUUAAGGCGGGAGGAGGUUUCCCCGAAUCUGGGGAGGGGGGAGCGAGGGGCGGAACUGGUCCAGCCCCGCCCCACGCCGGAGCGGUGCCGGAGCCCCACCGGAGCCCAGCUUCAGCCCUUGCCAGAGCCAGCGGAGGCGGAGGCGGAACGGCGGACCCCGUGCCCUGGAGACAUCAGAGAUCCAGCGGUCCCCUAAUCCCUCUUUAGCUGGGAAUCUGCUGGCCCUGCCACACCCCUGAGGAUGGACUUCAAAGGGAGUGUGGAAUCCUGGGAUCUGUCCCCUUGAAUCCUUCACGUGAGACUGGCCUUUCGCUGAUGUGAAGGCCAGGUCCUUUGGACUGGCCAGACACCCUUACAGCCCUGACGGAAUCAAGAUGAGGCCCUAUCGUGUCCCCCCAGUGAGGCCCACAGCCUGAGCAGAUAGCAUGGCCUACCACUGGCAGUGAGCAACAUGGCUGCAGGUGGUGGCCGGGCCUUUGCUUGGCAGGUGUUCCCCCCUAUGCCCACUUGCCGGGUCUAUGGCACAGUGGCACACCAGGAUGGACACCUGCUGGUGUUGGGGGGCUGUGGCCGGGCUGGGUUACCUCUGGACACUGUUGAGACACUGGACAUGGCCUCACACACGUGGCUAGCAAUAGCACCCCUGCCCACUGCCCGGGCUGGUGCAGCUGCUGUGGUUCUGGGGAAGCAGGUGCUAGUGGUGGGUGGUGUGGAUGAAGUCCAGAGCCCAGUAGCUGUUGUGGAGGCCUUCUUGGCUGAUGAAGGCCGCUGGGAGCGUCGGGCUACCCUCCCUCAAGCAGCCAUGGGGGUUGCGACUGUGGAGAGAGAUGGUAUGGUGUAUGCUCUGGGGGGAAUGGGUCCUGACACGGCCCCCCAGGCCCAGGUACUCUUAUAUGAGCCCCGCCGGGACUGCUGGCUUUCGCUACCCUCCAUGCCCACACCCUGCUACGGGGCCUCCACCUUCCUGCACGGAAACAAGAUCUAUGUCCUGGGAGGCCGCCAGGGCAAGCUCCCAGUGACUGCUUUUGAAGCUUUUGAUCUAGAGACCCGGACGUGGACCCGACACCCAAGCCUGCCCAGCCGCCGAGCCUUUGCUGGCUGUGCUAUGGCUGAGGGCACUGUCUUUAGCCUGGGUGGCCUGCAGCAGCCCGGGCCCCACAAUUUCUACUCCCGCCCGCACUUCGUCAACACUGUGGAGAUGUUUGACCUGGAGCAUGGAUCCUGGACUAAGCUGCCUCGUAGCCUGCGAAUGAGGGAUAAGAGAGCCGACUUUGUGGUUGGCUCCCUUGGGGGCAACGUCGUGGCUAUUGGGGGCCUUGGGAACCAGCCAUGCCCUUUGGCCUCUGUGGAGAGCUUCAGUCUUGCGCGGCGACGCUGGGAGGCACUGCCCGCCAUGCCCACAGCCCGAUGCUCCUGUUCCAGCCUACAGGCCGGGCCCCGGCUGUUCGUUAUUGGGGGUGUGGCCCAGGGCCCCAGCCAAGCUGUGGAGGCACUGUGUCUGCGUGAUGGAGUCUGAAGGCCUGGUGAGAUCUGUCUACUAAAACAGCUCAGUAUAGAAGCAGAUCGGGCUCCCUUUUGCUGCUGAGGGACCUCCCUGUGGCUCUGUAGGGUGAGGGAGGCACAGAGGAGAGCGCCUGGGUUGCUGCCUUAGGGACUUGGGUUGGGGGAGCCUCUGUCUUUUAGCACAGGAAACACAUGCUCACACCUAUUUUUUUAAUCAGCACCCACUCAUAGCUAGCUCCUCCUAUGCCCUAGAAGUUACUAGGCCCUCUGUGAAUGCUGACGUGUGAAGAGCACGGUAUUGGCCUCACAGUCUACAGGAUAGGCCCUAAGAGUUGACCAGGCCCUCUUGAGUGGCCAUUCUGGAAAAGUCUGAGCUUCCGGCCUUCCUUGAGGGUCCCCGGGGACCCGAGGAGCAUUCUGAGCACAGAAAUCACAGAAGUAGCAGAAGGGAGAACGUGGGGACUGCCAGAGGGCCAGAGGACCGCUGCUUUGUGCCAUCUACACUGAGGGUUGUCCGACCCGGGCAGGUCAUUUCACCUCUCUGUGCCUCAGCAUCCUCGUUUGUCGAUGGGGAUCUCUGAAACUUUCCUGCCCGACCUACCUCACAGGGCUGUUGUGAGGACCCAGGGAGUUUUGAUGUAGAAAUAAAAAUACAGCUAAGACCUGGUGUGUGGCUUCUGGUGUAGA